CAGUAUUGAUACGAUAUGGUUGAUGGUCAUUUGCUGUUGAACAUUGCAGUAGAAGCUUGCCACCCAUCGCCGUGCGGACCCAACACAAAAUGCCACGUCGCCAACAACCAAGCCAUCUGUACCUGCCUGCCUGGAUACAGGGGUAGCCCUCUAUCCGGCUGCCGACACGAGUGCGAAUCAGAUCACGAGUGUGGCUCGCAGCAGACGUGCCGAGACUUCAAGUGCGUCAGCCCCUGCAGCGACUGCGGCGUCAGCGCUGAUUGCGAGACUGUGGCGGCACAUCGCGCUGUUUGCAAGUGCCCUAGAGGCUACCACGGCGAUCCCUACCGUAUCUGCUCCCCCGAGUGCACGUCUGACGGCGAGUGCCCCAGCUACAAGCCCGCCUGCGUGUACAACGCUUGCAUCAACCCCUGCACGAACGUCUGUGGUGUGAACGCCGACUGCAACCUCCGCGGCCUGACCCCCGUAUGCUCCUGCCCUAGGAACAUGACUGGAGAUCCCUUCACCUACUGCAGACCUUUCGAAGCCCGUAAGUUGACUAAAAGUGAAUAACGCUUGCAUUAAACC